GCUGUGUCGUCAGCUUGCCGAAUGAUCUGAUCUGAGUUCAGCCAUAUUCCCAGUGAGCAGCCACACCGGCAGCCUGCCUCUAUCUACCGAGCUCCCUCCCCGUUGAUCCGCGGGCCCGAUCCCUCACGGUGCCGUCGUCGUUCUACCUCAGUCCGUCCCGGAACUCCCGGACAUGCUACGGAGCUGAAACACCGACCCACGGACAUGGAGCGGCCGAGUUGAGGGAGUCGACGGACGGUACCGACCGACAUCCCGAUUUCUGAGAGGAAAGUCCAGAUUUACCGGGAUUAACGCCGAUGCGGAUGACGGACACACCACCGAACGGCUCUAAACAACAACUCGUUACCCGCAACCGGCGGACACUCAUCGACUCACCGACACACGGACAGAUCAAAAUGUCCGGAAUGUUUUUCCGGAGCUAACGAGCUAACCUUAGCUAGCAGGCUGAGCUAACAGGAAGCGGAGGCGGUGACGCGGCGGGCGUGGCUAUCGCGAGUCAGCGGGAGCAGAGGGUCCUCGUCCCGGGUCAGGAUGUCGGCUCAGGCCCGUCUGAAGCGGCUGGAGGAGCUGCUGCUGGAGCAGAAGGCUGCGGGCUGUUUGAGUGUGGAGGCGCUGCUCGACCUGCUGCUCUGCUUCUACACGGAGGUCUCACACUCUCCGCUGAAGAGGGAGAAGCACGUCACCGACUUCCUGGAGUGGGUGAAGCCGUUCACCACCACAGUGAAGGACAUGCGGCUGCACAGAGACGACUUCGAGAUGCUGAAGGUGAUUGGACGCGGAGCUUUUGGAGAGGUCGCCGUGGUGAAGAUGAAGCACACAGAGAGAGUUUACGCCAUGAAGAUCCUCAAUAAGUGGGAGAUGCUGAAGAGAGCUGAGACGGCGUGUUUCCGAGAAGAACGUGACGUGCUGGUGAAAGGAGACAGCCAGUGGAUCACUACCCUGCACUACGCCUUCCAGGACGACAACUACCUGUACCUGGUGAUGGAUUACUACGUGGGGGGGGACCUGCUGACACUGCUCAGUAAAUUUGAGGAUCGUCUUCCAGAGGACAUGUCCAAGUUCUACGUUGCUGAGAUGGUGCUCGCCGUCCACUCCAUCCACCAGCAGCGCUACAUCCACAG